AUGUUAGGAUGGGGUGUCAAUUCUCAUGGUCAACUUGGUUUAGGCCCUUCUUCAACAGCUAGUUUUGUCUCUACACCUCAACGUAUACCACUUUUUAAUGAUUACACAUGUAUACAAGUUGCAUGUUCACUAACACAUUCCUUGUUUUUACUUCGUGAUGGUACUGUUUAUUCUGCUGGAAAUAACGAAUAUUCACAGUUGGGCAGAGAAGGACGGACAACUAUACCAGGCAAAUAUUUAAUAAAAAUUCAAUCAGAAUUUCCUUUUUUUUUAAUGAUGUUCUUUUCUUUUCUUUUUUCUUAUUUAGAAAAAGUAAUAUUACCACCAAAUGAUGACGGUGUACAAGUAGCAUGUGGACAAUAUUUUUCAAUGUGCCUUACAUUAAGUGGAAAAAUUGUUCUUUGGGGUUCAAUUAGUGGAAAAAUCACAAAUGAUGAUGGUCUUUUUUAUAGUAAACCUGAACAGUUGGGAGGAUUUAAUGAUAGACGAGUGAUACAAAUUGCUGCCGGUUAUAAUCAUUGUCUUGGACUAACUGAUGAUGGUACAGUGUAUGCCGUAGGACUUAAUGCCCAUGGACAACUUGGAUUAGGACAUAAUAAAGGUUGUAGAAGUGCUACACCAAUUGCUUGUCUACGUGGUAGUCCAAUUGUAUAUAUUGCCUGUGGUGCUUAUCAUUCUGUUAUUAUAUCUAAGAGCGGAACAGUAUUUACAUGUGGCCUUAAUGCAUCUGGUCAAUUGGGUCUUAGUGAUACUGAUAUUCGCGUAUGGCCAAGUAAUAUAAAAGCAUUACAACAACAAAAAGUGACAUAUGCUGCAUGUGGAGAAAAACAUUCAGUCGUUGUUACAGUUGACGGUGGAGUAUUUUCAUUUGGAUCCGGUACUUAUGGACAACUUGGACAUAAUUCAACAAAUGAUGAACUUUUACCAAGAAAAAUUUCUGAAUUAAUGGGUUCAGAAGUAACACAGAUAGCUUGUGGAAGAUCUCAUACAGUUAUCUUUCACCCUAAUAUUGGUCAAGUAUCUGCGUUUGGUUUGGCUUGUGCUGGUGAUCAAGAUACUAAAAUAACAUCUUAUAUAACAGUACCACAAAAAUUACCAAUUCGAUUUUUAUCAUAUAACACUAUGAAACAGCUUCAAAAACAAACAUUAGAUGAUAAUGGUUAUUUGUCGUCACGAAAUAAAUCAAAACAAAAUGAUACACAAAUCAAUCAACAAAAUAUACAAGUAAUAGGAAUUUAUGCUGGUGGUCAUCAAACAUUUAUUCGAAUUUCUCUUCAAGCACAACCUCCCGAUGAUUAUCGAACUUAUUCUAAAAAUCGUCCAAUUCUUGAAUUAACACUUGAUUUUGCAAUAUGGUUGCGUCAUGCACCUGAAUCUACAGAAACAAUGAAAGAAGCUAAACGAAAAUUAUCUCGCAUGUUCAAUUCAGAAGCAUGUUUAAAUGGUUCAUUUUUACUAUUACCAGAUGCACAUUAUCGUACAUCAUCAAAUAAUCCAGGUAUUGAUAUUGAUAAAGUUAUAGGUGUGAUGGAAAAAUUACGUUCAUGUGAUCCAACAAUUCAAAAUUUGUUGUUUGAACAUAUUCAAUCAAUACUUUUGUCAUUACCUGAAACAGCUCCAUGCUUUGAAGCAUUACGUAUUUAUCUUAUUUUACCAUUUUGUCAUAUAUUUGAAAAUGAAGAUAUGCUCGAAACAAUAACAGCACCAUUUGCUCAAGCAACCACACGUCUAAAACAAAAAGCUGACGGUCGAGUUUUAGAUUAUUGGAUUUUAAAUGUUGGCAGAAAUUUUGUUGACAGAAUACUUGAAUUAUACAAGCCUCUUGUAAUUAAAAUUAUUCGUAUUAAUCCUUCAUCUUCAAAAUUAGCUGCACAACAGUAUCAAGUACUUUUAAAAGCUAUUUUGGAAUUACUUAAAAAAGUCCAUAAUGUUUCAUGCAAUAUGGCUAAACCUGAAUUAUUAGCUUAUGAUGCAUUUUAUAUGAAAGAACUUAAUGACUCAAUUGAUCUGAAAAAAGAUUAUAAUUAUUGGCGAGUGCGUCAACACAUAGGAGAUAGAUCAAUUAUUUCAUUCUGUGAUUAUUCAUUUUUAUUUGAUCUCAAAGCAAAGAUUCUAUUACUUCAAUAUCAUGGACAACUUGAAAUGCAAGAAGCAAUUCAAAAUGCAUUUUUACACAAUUUUCAAACUAUGUUCGGUGCACAUGUAGAUACAGUUAAUCCUUUACUUGUAUUACAUAUUAAUCGGAAGACAAUUGUUCAAGAUACAGUCAAUCAAUUAGAUAAACAAAAAGAAGAAGAUUUUAAAAAACCAUUACAAGUCUAUUUUAAUAAUGAAGAAGGUCUUGAUGCUGGUGGAAUACGUAAAGAAUUUUUUCUUUUAUUAACUAAAGAAAUAUUAGAUCCAAAAUAUGGAAUGUUUAUAUUCUAUGAAGAAACUAAUACAAUUUGGUUUAGUGAAUAUAUGAUUGAAGAUAUAGCAUUAUAUAAAUUAAUAGGAACACUUUGUGCAUUAGCUAUUUAUAAUUUAACAAUAAUUGAUCUUCCAUUUCCAUUAGCUUUAUAUAAAAAAUUAUUAAAAAAAGGAAAAAUAGAUCUUGAUGAUAUGAAAUCAUUAUCUCCAGCAAUCUAUCGAAGUCUUACAUCAGUAUUAAAUUAUACUAAUAAUGAUCUUGAAACAACUCUUUGUUUUGCAUUUGUUAUUGAACGUGAAUUUUAUGGUGAGAAACGUGAAAUUGAAUUAAAACCAGGUGCUGGUUUUCGUCGUGUUAUUAAUUCUAAACCAUUAGAAUUAUUUUAUCCCGAUGAAUUAAUGUCAUUUGUGGUCGGUAAUACUCAUUAUGAUUGGAAUGAAUUUCAAAAGAAAACAGAAUAUAAAGGAGAAUAUCAUGCUAAUCAUCCUGUAAUUCAAUGGUUUUGGCAAGUUUUUCAUAAAAUGAGUGAAGCAGAAAAAAAGAAAUUUCUUUUAUUUCUUACCGGUUCUGAUCGAGUACCUGUUUUUGGAUGGAGUCAAACAUUACCAAUGACAAUUCAACGAAGUCAUACCGAUGAUAUUCACCUACCUGUUAGUCAUACAUGUUUUAAUGUUCUUGAUUUACCAGCUUAUUCAUCAAAGGAAAUUUUAAAAGCUAAAUUACUGGAAGCCAUUCAACAUAAUCAAGGUUUUAAUCUUGUUUAG